UCGCCGAGUCGGCGGCGCAUUAUUACUGGCCAAUCUCGCGAGUUCCUCCUCGCAAGUCCGAGCGCGGCCGGUCGCAUGCACCGCAGCGCUUCGCACGCAGCGAGACCGUCCAGGGGGUCGGCGGCGAAGGUCAGACAAUCGAUGGAAACCGCUUUGGCUUGGACGUCGCCAGCUCUAGUGCUGCGCAACGUUGGCCCGAAAUUGGUACCUUUUUUCAAGAGCGUCGGCAUCUACUUCGUCCUGGUAUCCGAUCAGCCGUGCAUCCUCACGGUCUGCUUCAAAUGCUUACCGAUCAUAAGCUUGAUUGCCUUUAUCCUGUUGCACGGCAUCGACUAUUCCCAAGAGCGUGCCUUCAGUCAGAGAAUUUUGACGGGCCUAGUUUUCAGCUGCCUGGGGGAUGCACUGCUCGUUUGGCCCAGCUGCUUUGUCUUUGGCAUGAUUAUGUUCGCCGUAGCACAAAUAAUGUACACCACCGCAUUUGGCUUUAAACCCCUCAACGCUAAGCUUGGUGCUUUUCUGUAUCUUCUUUGCGCCAUAAUCAUUUUCACACUCAUGCCCGGUCUGAAUGGUGUCUUAAAAAUAGGCGUUCCUGUCUACACGCUUUUAUUAGGUACCAUGUCCUGGAGGGCCAUCUCUAGGGUACAAUUUUUCGAGGGUCAGUGGACAUGGAACCGAUUAUGCUGUUGCAUCGGUAGCAUAUGCUUUGUCAUUUCGGAUACUAUGAUAGGUUUUCAUCAUUUUUACAGCCCUGUGCCUUAUCCUCAAAUCACUAUCAUGUUGACGUAUUAUGCGGCGCAACUCGGCAUAGCUUUGAGCGCAGUUGAAUCCAAACGCGUCAAGGACUCAGUCGUCAAGUGAAAAAAAAAUCGACACUGAAAAAUAAAAUUUUUAUACAAUGAUCUUAAAUUAUUAUAACUUACAUGUGAUAUAACCCAUCUUGAGUCAAUUGGAUUGCAAUAUGUAAUCAAAUUCAUGGUACAACUAGUUUUUUCUACUGUAACUGUUUAUGUUCCAAAAAUGGUUGCCAAUACAUUCCGUUAAAAUUAAUUAAUUUCAUAGUUAUGAAAAUGAAACGUAAUUCAACUGAUUUUGCAAUUGAAUUGCAAUUUUGUGGCUUAAAAAAAUGAAAGAAACAAAAAUCGAGAAAAUUACAAAUAUAUUUCAAAUGACAUUUAGUUUUUAAGUACUGUUAAUGUUUUAGAACUUUAUCAUAUACCAGUAGUUCAUCUGUAUUCAUUUCUUAACAAAGAAAUUAAAUGUAACUGUAAUGGUAUAACUAUGAUUUGAUUGGAAAAAUAAAAAAGCCAAUGUUGAUGUUGAGUUUGAUAACGGUAUUUUAUACAAAAAAUAAACAUCUAUUACGAUUAUACAAGACAUUUUUUACAAGCAUACUUUACAAAAAAUAUUGAGAGAUUUAUAAAUCUGUGUAAAAUCUGUGCGUUAAUUUAUUUGAGAUACGUUUAAUACUGGUAGUGUACAUAUUAUUAAAAAUAUAUAUAUGAUACUCUUAAUCAUUGUAUCAUUACAUUAGACAAAACAUUUACGAAAACCGGCUUUUGUUACAUUAUUCACGAAACAAUUUGGUACGUUAAAGAUUAUUGUACAUAAAUUAAAUUCAACAAAUAUGUAUAUUUUGGAUGAUAUACUUUUAAUCCACUUAUAUGGGAAAGGAUAAUUAUUUGUGAUGUGAAAUAUUCACAAGACUUGCAGAUGAAAUGUUUCGAAAAUUGAAGUUAUCAUGAAGCUUGCAUCGAUUUUUGCUAUAAAUUGAAAAAAAAAUUUAAAUGUACUGUAAUAACGGUUUUCCCACUCAUCAUCAAAAACACAAUAAAUUAUAAUUCAACGAAAAAAA